GCCAGGCCCAGCCCGGGCGGUACAAUAGGGUUGGGCCGCGGCCGGGUCUGGGCCGGCGCCGGGAAGGGAGGAGGAUCGCGGCCGGAGCCGACAGACCCUGGGCGGCCGGCAGACUCUGAGACUCGCAGGCCACCAGCCGAAACAUCCUCUAUCUUCCGCGGAGCUUCCCGGCCUCCGAGUCGUUGUCCGCUGGGCCGGGCCGGGCGUGAUGCGCCGCGGGACCCCUGGCCUGGCCGCUGGCCGCCGCCGCCGCCGCCACUGAGACCCCAAGGUCCCCCUGUGACGCCGCAGCCAUGGAGAGCGGCCCACAUGCCGAGCCGGGUGCUGGAGCACCCCCAGCUGUGGCAGCCAGGACCCCCCCAGAGCCAAGACCUUCUCCAGAAGGUGACCCCUUCCCGCCGCCACCACCACCACCAACGUCAGCCCUCGUCCCUGACACUCCCCCAGACACCCCUCCCGCCAUGAAGAAUGCCACUAGCUCUAAGCAGCUCCCACUGGAACCAGAGAGCCUCUCAGGGCCGGUCGGGCAUAGACCAGCCCCCCAGCAUGAAGAGUCCCCUUUCUCAGAAGCGAAGAUCAGGGGACCCACCCCACCAGCCACAGGCCCACGGGAUUCCAGGCCUACUCGAAGGAGCAGCCAGCCAUCUCCAACAGCAAUGCCAGCCUCGGAUAGCCCUUCCGCCAAGCAAGAUGUGAAGAAGGCAGGAGAGAGACACAAGCUGGCAAAGGAGCGGCGAGAAGAGCGGGCCAAGUACCUGGCGGCCAAGAAGGCAGUGUGGCUGGAGAAGGAGGAGAAGGCCAAGGCACUGCGGGAGAAGCAGCUCCAGGAGCGCCGUCGGCGGCUGGAGGAGCAGCGGCUCAAAGCCGAGCAGCGCCGAGCGGCCCUGGAGGAGCGGCAGCGGCAGAAGCUCGAGAAAAACAAGGAGCGCUAUGAAGCAGCCAUCCAGCGGUCAGUGAAGAAGACGUGGGCCGAAAUCCGGCAGCAGCGCUGGUCCUGGGCAGGGGCCCUGCACCACAGCUCCCCGGGACAUAAGACCAGCAUAACACGACUACUUGCCUCCGAGGUUGUAGGUAGAUGUUUGGGAGGAUCAAGUGAGGUAACAUGUGUGUGGUGCCCAGCACAAUGCCUGGUACAUGGUGGGAGCAGGUGCUCCGUGUCGGCAGUAAACCUGCCCAAACACGUGGACUCUAUAAUCAACAAGCGGCUCUCAAAGUCCUCUGCUACGCUCUGGAACUCCCCCAGUAGAAAUCGCAGCUUGCAGCUGAGCGCAUGGGAGAGCAGCAUCGUGGACCGUCUCAUGACGCCCACCCUCUCCUUCCUGGCACGGAGUCGCAGUGCGGUCACACUGCCCCGCAAUGGCCGGGACCAGGGUAGGGGCGUUGGCCCUGGGAGAGCCCCCAACAGGGGCCGGGCAGGGGCCAGCCUCGCAUGUGGGCCACACCCCGACCGCACUCAUCCCUCCGCAGCCGUGCCGGUGUGCCCGCGCUCGGCCUCCGCCAGCCCUCUUACACCGCCAUGCAGCGCCCCCCGCAGCAGCGUGCACCGCUGUGCCCCCUCCGGGGAUCGCGGGGAGCGCCGCAAGCCCAGCGCUGUGGGCAGCCCCGCCCCGGUCCGCCGCCGGCCCGAGGCCUCACUGGUGCAGAAAAAGGAGAAGAAGGACAAGGAGCGGGAAAAUGAGAAGGAGAAGAGUGCCCUGGCCCGGGAGCGCAGCCUGAAGAAACGUCAGUCGCUGCCGGCCUCUCCGCGCCAGCGCCUCUCUACUGGCGGGGCCUUUGAGCUCAGUCCCAAAUCCAAGGCCCGGCCAUCCUCUCCCUCCACAUCCUGGCAUAGGCCUGCCUCUCCCUGCCCCAGCCCAGCGCCCAGCCAUGCUCUGCCCCCAAAACCACCAUCUCCCCGAGGCACCACUGCAUCACCCAAGGGGCGGGUUCGGAGGAAGGAUGAGACAAAGGAGAGCCCCGGUGUGACAGGACCCGAGGACAAGAACCAGAGCAAGGGCAAGGCCAGUGACGAGAAGGAGCCCACAGCCCCAGCCUCACCAGCACCUUCACCUGUGCCCUCACCCACCCCAGCCCAGCCCCAGAAGGAGCAGCCCACAGCCGAGAUCCCUGCAGAUACUGCUGUCCUGACUUCACCCCCAGCCCCUGCUCCCCCGGCAACCCCUAGCAAACCUAUGGCGGGCACCACAGACCGAGAAGAGGCUACUCGGCUCCUGGCUGAGAAGCGGCGCCAGGCCCGGGAACAGCGGGAGCGUGAGGAACAGGAGCGAAAGCUACAGGCAGAAAGAGACAAGAGAAUGCGAGAGGAACAGCUGGCACGGGAGGCUGAGGCCCGGGCAGAGAGGGAGGCAGAGGCCCGGAGGCGGGAGGAGCAGGAGGCUCGAGAGAAGGCACAGGCUGAGCAGGAGGAGCAGGAGCGGCUGCAGAAGCAGAAAGAGGAAGCAGAAGCUCGGUCCCGAGAAGAAGCGGAACGCCAGCGUCUGGAGCGGGAAAAGCACUUCCAGCGGGAGGAGCAAGAGCGGCAAGAGCGCAAAAAGCGUCUGGAGGAGAUCAUGAAGAGGACUCGGAAGUCAGAAGCUGCUGAAACAAAGAAGCUGGACAGAAAGGAGGCAAACGCCAACAAUUCCAGCCCAGACCCUGUCAAAACCGGAGAGUCUCGGCCCUCAGUGCUGCAGAAGGAGGCUGUGCAGAAAGAGGACCUGGCCCCCCAGGAGCCUCAGUGGAGCCUGCCAAGCAAGGAGUCACCGGGGUCCCUGGUGAAUGGCCUGCAGCCUCUCCCAGCACACCAGGAGAAUGGCUUCUCCCCCAAGGGACCCUCUGGGGACAAGAGUCUGGGCCGAACGCCAGAGGCACUUCUGCCCUUCGCAGAGGCAGAAGCCUUCCUCAAGAAAGCUGUGGUGCAGCCCCCGCAGGUCACAGAAGUCCUUUAAGGGGUUGCCUUGGAUCCAGGCACAGCUAUGAGGGCUCCUUGCGUCAUCUGCCAGGAUGUCUGGAAAAGAAAGAGACAGAACAAAGCCGGAAGUGGCCUGGGCCCCUGGGGGUGGGUCCUCUCUGUUAUUUUUAAUCUGCACCUUAUAGACUGUUCUCUUUGGCUGGAGCCAGACCCUGCUCCUCAAUGCAUUCGUGUGCUCACACGCGCAGACACCCCCUCCCCCAAUACACACACAUACACUCACAGCCUCUCUGGUCUCCUCCCUUGAGGAAGGGCCGCCUGUAGUAUUUGCCUUGGUUUGGUGGGGUACAGUGGAUGUGAAUACUGUAAAUAGCUUGCGCUCAGACUCCUCUGCGUGGAGGGGGUGGGUGCAGGAGGUAGACCCUCCCAAGACUCCCAGGGGAGAUCUUCCUCUCUAUUUAACUGUAACUGAGGGGGAACCCAGGUCUGGGGAUGGGGGCACCUUGGGCCACAGGAUGCUGGUUGCUUUAGGGGUACCCAUGCCCCUUGCCCUUGCCUGGAAUCAGUGUUACUGCAUCUGAUCAAACUUCUCCAGAAAUAAAAUGAGAAUAAUUCUGCCAGUCCUGUCUAUCCCUGGGGCUGGCGGUGGGGGUGGGAGCAGUUGACCUCCCGAAUUUUAAGAACUUUAGGAGACAGGGCCUGGGGAUAUCUACCCCAGCCUAGUACUAGUCCUGGACCUCCUGCCUGUGGUCUUCCAGUUUAACCAUGAAUUCACUCACUUAUUCAUUCAACAAAUAUGGUUGCACCUACUCUGUACCAAGCAGUGGGUUACAUGCUGGGAAUGCAGUAGUAGGAAAAGAUGCAGCCUCUGUUCUCAGGGAGUUUACAGCCUAGCAGGUGAGUGUCAUAGACACUGAGUUGCCAACUCAACAUCCAUUCCCAUUGCCCCUUCCUCAUUCCAAACAGAAUCCUGAUUUUGGUCAGGUGGCCAUCUUCCUCCUGGAUCCCACCCUGUGCUUGAUCGGAGAUGGAUCCUACCCUCGGGUGAAUCAUGAUUGUAAUGAGCCAAAAAUGGUGGUCCCAAAGCCCUCAUGUGUGAUUGGUUUAAGUAUGGGUACAUGACACAAUUCCAGCUAGCAGAUAUAAAGAAAAGACUCUUGGGCUUCUAGGAGAGACUUCCUUCCUUUUGAAAAACAUACCUUGGUGGUAGCCAGCCUUGAAGUUGACCUCCCAUUGUCCCCCGUUUCCUAGUGUUCACACCCUGUGUAGUCCCUUCCAUGUUACAGCAGGGUUGGGCUGAUGACUGACAGAAUACAGCAGAAGUAAUGGUGGGUCAUGUCCAAGAUUCCAUCAUAAAAGACACUGCAGCUUCUGUCUUGGCUGCUCUCACUCUUGGACAAAUCCUUCUGGAGGAAGGCUGUAGCUACAUCACCGAUAGCCUUAUGGAGAGGCCCUAUCGAGGGACUCAAGCCUCCUGCCAACAGCCACAUGAAAAAGCUUGGAAGCAGAUUCUCCAGCCCCAGUUAAGCCUUCAGAUGACUCCGGCCCUGAUAACCUCAUGAGAGACCCUCUGCUAGAACCAACCAGCUAAGCCACACCUGGGUUUCUAACGCUCGGAAACUGUGAGAUAAUAAAUGUUGUUUUAAACUGCUAA